AGGGGGCACAUUGUGUAAUGUGGCGCAGUAUAUAUACACGGCUGACACGCCCGCUACACCGUACACACAGCCACUUACUCCACACGCACUGCAGCUGUCCCGUCCCCGCACCUCACACAUCAGUCAUGUUCAAGAUUUGCGUACUGGUUGCCCUUGUGGCCUCUGCCUUGGCUGCCCCAGUUGAGGAGAAGACCAACACCAAGAGGGGUCUGUCUCUGGGCUACGGCUACGGGGGUCUUGGCUAUCCUCUAGGUCUGGAUUCCUACCACGGACUUGACUACCAUGCUCCUCUGCUGAGCAGCCACGCUCCCAUCGUUAGCCAUGCUCCCAUCGUUAGCCACGCUCCUAUCGUGAGCCACGCUCCUCUCUCGUACCACGCUCCUCUCUCCUACCACGCUCCUCUCUCCUACCAUGCUCCUCUGGGCUACAGUUCAUACAGCUCCCCCUACCUCGGACUCGGCCAUUACCCUUACGUUCAUUAGGGCUUUAUCAACCCUAAUUUAACUAUAGGAAAUAUGUCUCAACUAUUUCUUUAAAUUGUGCCAUUAAAUGUCAGAUAGUACCUUAUUUAUCUUCAACAAGUAUUUUUAUUAAAGAGAAAACAUAACUUUUACGCAAUUGAAAAACAAUCAUUUUAAGUUAAGUGCAAUAUAUUUAGUUUAUAUUUUUCAUUCUUUAAUCUAUCAAAAGUCAGUGGUUUAUACCAAGAUAAGCUGUUUUGUCAACUAUAAUAUUAAUACAAGGUCACUGAGUGUAUACAUGACAACUUAACAAGAUACACUUUCUGGCAACAGGAAAGCCUUGUGUUAUUUAAAAGCUAGUCAGUCUGGUUGUAAUUUUACUGUAAUCUUUGUUAAGGAUAAUUUCUACUUGACAUUUUAGAUUACAACUAAUUUUAAUUCAUUUAUACCUACUAAUUCAUAUUGUAUACGCAUAAUAUAUUUCAGUUAAUAAAAUUGAUAUUUUUAA